CGCCUUGCUUCGCUUUUUUGGACGGAGGGAAUCCAACGUCUCCCUCUAUUUAUCGGCCGGAAACCCUAACACCAAACCCCAAAACAGUAACUUUCUUGCUUUUCCUUCUGGGUUCGCUGAUUCAGGCGGGGUUUGGGAGUCCGAGGACGGUCGGCUAGGUGGGGAAUGGAAGGGGGUGCUGCGGAUUACAAUCCUCGGACUCCUGAGGAUGUCUUCAGGGAUUUCAGAAGCCGGCGGGCCGGAAUGAUCAAGGCUCUGACCACUGAUGUCGAGAAGUUCUACCAGCAAUGUGAUCCCGAAAAGGAGAAUUUAUGUCUAUAUGGGCUACCUAAUGAGACUUGGGAGGUAAACUUGCCAGCUGAGGAAGUUCCAGCUGAACUUCCAGAACCAGCAUUAGGAAUAAACUUUGCGAGGGAUGGAAUGGCUGAAAAGGAUUGGUUGUCACUGGUUGCAGUUCACAGUGACGCAUGGUUACUGUCUGUUGCUUUCUAUUUUGGGGCACGUUUUGGGUUUGAUAAAGAAGCUAGGAAGAGGCUUUUCCACAUGAUUAAUGGUCUCCCAACUAUAUAUGAAGUUGUAACAGGAACCUCCAGAAAACAAUCAAAAGAAAGAACUAACAACAGCAGCAAGAGCAACAAGUCUGGUUUGAAGAACUCACGGCAGUCUGAGUCUUAUACAAAGGCCUCAAAGAUGCCUCCACCAAAGGAAGGGGCAGGGAGUGAAGGAGAGGACAAUGAGGACAUGGAGGAACAUGGAAACACUCUAUGUGGUGCAUGCGGGGACAACUAUGCUAAUGAUGAGUUCUGGAUUUGUUGUGAUGUGUGUGAAAAAUGGUACCAUGGGAAGUGCGUUAAGAUUACUCCUGCAAGGGCUGAGCACAUCAAGCAGUACAAAUGCCCUGGUUGCAGUACCAAAAGGGCCAGAGCAUGAAGGAAUUGAGAAUUUGUGGUGGUCGUUUCAGACGGGGGGCUUCAGCAAUAUGAAGAGGAGAACCAUUUUGGAUGCAGCAGCAAAUUGAUAUGCUCGCCAAAUCUCCUUGAUCUCAAUUUAGACAUGAACUCUGUAGUCCUAAUACAUAUUUGUCUCUGUAUUUUGUGUCUGUUUAGUUUUGACAAGCUCUAAUGGAUGGUUUUCUUGUGUUCUGAAAUGUCUCAUCCUUGAUUGAGCACAGUUGCUGCUUCAAGACAUUGUGGAAUCCCAUGUGUUGGACCAGCGGACUGUGCGCAACCAUCUCAGGGAAAGCAACAUUCCUUGAAGCAAAUGGGUCCAUCAUGCUUUUUGCUAGAUCAUGCAAUAAGCAUGCCAAAUUUUAGUUUCCACUGCCUAUUAUUUGUGCAUGAGAAUUGUACUAGUGUGAGAUCCUUCAACUAAGUCAAAGACAAUGUGCUUUAGUUUAGUGUCAAGAGUUUAUGUUCAGCCAUGGUCCUUCUUUGGAUUCUAGACUCAAAUAUUGGAGAUAUCUGCAGUGGAAAAUAAAAAUGAAAAAACUGUAACAGGAAGCUUGCAUCAUUUUUUUUUAUUUGUCCUAAUACUGUAAGACCAAAUCACAUUGUUCAAAUGAACAGGACUCAGGAUUCAGGAUUCCCAACCUUCAUCCUGCCAUUAAAAUAAAGGCACCUUGCAAGGUA